AUGCCUCUCGAAGAACUUCGGCGAGGCCAAACGGGUUACAAGACACGGCUACGGUCCAAAAACGCGGAUGAUACAACCAGGAAGAAGAGCAAGGUAGACGAGGAGAGGACAUUGGCAGAAGAGGGAGGCGAGGAAGUGGACCCAAGUCACGAGUCCGAUGAGGAACCCCCCUUGCCACUCGAUGCCAUCGAGUAUAGCGAUGACGAGUACCUACGUGCUCCGACAUCCGAGCUCAACGUCGAGGUGCUUACCCCAGAGGCUCGGGCCUUCGUUUUUGAGGAACCAGACCAGCAGUCUGACAAUGAAGACAACCAAUGGCAGCGCAAUAUUGAUGUAGACGAACUCGAACCGGAAGAGGAUGAAGAUGAGCCUGUCGAAGAGGAACGCACUCAGACGCCGAUCGAACCACUCGGCGACGACGACGAUGUUGGCAACUACGAGCCACCACUCGAGCCGCCUGUGGACCGAGCUCCCACUCCACCUCCACCUCCACCUCUCGACGACCAGCCAGCCCACGCCAUGUCAUGGUGGACUGAGCAAGAAGUCGAUGACCUCCACACACGCACAACCAUCCUCGAGGCAAAAGAGGCUCUGGCAUAUAGUGUUGUGCAGGGCCGGGCUUGGCCUGAAAAAGCCCUGGCUUUGGCCUGGCUUUUGAGGGCUCGAGAUUUGCAAAACCCUAGGCCAGGCCCUGACAUAGGGCCAGGGCUUGGCUUGGGCUUGGCUUGGGCCUAG